AGCGACAUCACAGCUCAGAACCCAGAGGUCUCAGCUCCUGCCUAUGUGUUAUCAGUCUUCCUUCUCCUCCAGUGCUCAAAGGUAAUCACAAACUCCUUUGUUAGCUCUGGACUGUGGAUGUGCCAACCAACACCCAGAUGUGAGGACCAGAUCUACAACCCCUUGGAACAGUGCUGUGAUGAUGAGACCGUCCUGCCCCUGAACAGGACCCGUUGCUGUGGCCCCAACUGCAAUUUCUGGCCCUGCUUUGAGCUCUGCUGUCCGGAGUCUUAUGGCCUUCAGAAGUUUGUUGUGAGGUCGAAGGUUCUUGGAGUAAAGUCCCAGUGUUCCUCCUCCCCCAUCUCCAGGGAUUGCAGCCAGGUGAACACCCUGCCCCUAGCUAUGGGGGCAGGGAGGGGAAAUGAGGAGAGGAGUCUGCGUAUCUGGGCUACUCCUUUUGAGAAUCCUCUGACCUCUAACUUCUGACAGUUACUUGAACCUUUCCAUUCAUCUCCUUGUCUGUGUUUUAUAAUUUCUUGGUUUCUUCUUGUUUUUUCAGAUAAGAUGUUGAAGAAAACCAACUUUCCCUAAGUCAUUCUUGGAAAGAGAGGCUGGGGUAUGCCCCAUAAUCUGAGCAAUAGGUGAAGAAGCCUGGGAUUAACACCUUCAGAGACCUGAAGGUGGGGGUGAGGGAGGGUACCCAAUGAGGAGUCUGACUCCUGGCUAAAGCUGACGUGUGAUUUUCCAGGCCUGAGCACAGGCGAUUAAAAAGCCUCAUGGGGAAAGGUGCCUUCCCUAACUAGACUUGGUGCACAGUCAUGAGCUGUAGUCUCUGAAAGGAGUCAGACAAGGACUCAUCUCCCCUGGCUGGCCGGAGUCUUUCAUGUAUCUGCACUCCUAGGCCAUGCACCUCCAUAAGGAGGUCUCUGUAUUGGGGGCCUUUGGCAGAGGUCUUCUGGUAUGUCAGUGGUGUUGCUCGGGGGCUGUGAGGGGUGUGGACCACACUGGGUGUCACUGUCAGAGGAGGUGACACCAAAAUGACUGUCUAUAAAAUUUUUGUACAGUGUUUCAGCAGAAAUUUGUUAUUUUUUAAAUAAAAGUAUUCCUGUAGUUAUAAAAACAAAAACAUUUUUUGUAAACCCAGUUUCCAUGUAUCAUUAUACCUACAAGGCUAAAACUCUACGCUAAUUUAGUUUUUGAACCUUCUAAAAAAAAAAAAAAUUUUUUUUUUUUUUUAAAGAAGCUCUGGUUAGAGCUGUCAUUAUUACCCAGUCACAAUGAUACUUCCAAUCAUGUGUUUUCAUUGCUGCCAGUGUUUUUAUAGUUGCUGAUUUUGUCAAAUUUUCUGGUGUUCUAGCUACAAUAUUGUGGUAAUUACUAUUUGUGAAGCUAUAUCGAUAAAGUUUUUUUUUUUUUUAGAAUAUGAAGUAGUAAUUAAAGGAAAAGGAAAAAAUUAAAAAAGGCUUCUGCUCAGUUACUAAUAAUGUUGUAAUUCAAUGUAGGAAGAUUUUACAAAACAAUUUUAUUGUUAAUAUCCAUGUAAUCUAAGAAA